AUGUAUACCCAAGAGUUAGAAUAUACUAAAGAAACAAUUACCGCUAAGCAAUUAUCCAAACUAUCUAAUCAUUGGAGAAAGCCAAAAGUAUAUAACCCCAAAACGAACCGCAUGAUUGCAAUCGAUGGACCAACAUAUAAUAAAAUGAUACGUGAUGGAUAUGUGCAUUGGGAAGAAGAAGGACUCUUGAUUCCUCCAUCACCAUUCGAGAAUUAUAUUAGCGGAGCAAGCACAGACACGAAGUGUCAUUAUUCCAUAAUAGCUUCGUCCCCAAAAGAUUUAGAAGAAGAAAUUAUCAGAGAGAUAGCAAAACGAAUCUUGCAAAAUAGAUAUGGGUUUAGUGUGAAUCAAGUAAAUGCCUUAUUCUCUACUCAGGAAAACGAAAGGAAUAAAUGA